AUGGACCUCACGCUUACACUUGGUGCACUCUAUGAUGGAGCGGUUGUAUCAACUGUUCUUUAUGGCCUUACCUGCGGGCAGACGUACAGAUACUUCAAGGCCUACCCUGAUGACAAGAUUACUCUGAGGAUCAUGGCCACGCUUUAUGGUUCUAUCUUAUUCGGAAAUGCGAUGGGCAUUCACCUUCGGAUACUACUCCCAUCUGGGUGUCAUAAUUCCUGCGGUACUCUUACAAUUGUACCGCACGGCUCGUGCUUAACAGACCUCCCUUUCAGCAGCUCUCCAUCUUCAUCGUCCAAUGUCGGACAGAGAAAACUCACAUUGCUCCUCUGGCGGGCAUUGGUCAUUCUGUACAUCGGUGCCUGUUCUACCCUCCUAACGGAUAUUGGUAUAACUUUCAGUAUGUGCUCGCUUCUCUACCAAGUGCGGAGAUCAUCGCUCGAAACAUCAAGAUCCGUGCUCGAUACUCUAUUUAACUAUGCAAUGACCACGGGGCUGCUGGUGACAAUUUUCACGGCAGUCUUGAUGAUCGUAUCUAGUGCCCUCCCGAAUACUUUGCUAUUUGACGGACUAUACCUUUCGGCCGGAAAACUAUAUAUCAAUUCCAUGCUAGCUGCGUGGGUCUAUUGA